AUGAACAAGUUGUCACCUUCGCAGCUGCUUUCUGAGGCGGAACUGGAAUCUUUGGGCGUGUUCCAGGACCGCGGCUGGGAGCACUACUCCAUCCUCAGGCCGGAGCCAAAUAUCUUGCUGUUCCGGCGGCCUAUGGGCACCGACCCCGUCACUGGGACAGUGGACCCGGCGCGGCAACGCAUGGCUGAAGCAGCAUUCAGGCAACAGCUUAUUAAUCAGAACCGAUCCUGA